AUGUUGGCAAGCGAUAUAUCGCAAAAGAUGGAGGUCGUGCUCUUGGUUCCUAUCGUCGGCUGUUUCCUCUGGUUCCUCGCUUCCUGGCAGGCCUCUCCGUUAAAGAAAUUUCCGGGGCCAGUCCUAGCAGGAUGGACAAACUUGUGGCGCUUGUGGCAAGUCAUUUCCGCCGAUUACGCUCCGCGGGUCAAAAGACUUCACGAGAAGCACGGCCCAGUCGUGCGUAUUGGACCUAACCUGCUGGACAUUGACUAUCCGGAGCUGGCCAAAGUCAUCUAUGGCACCGACAGCAAAUGGAAAAAGUCCGACUUUUACAAGAACAGUAGCACCAUCAUCGAUGGCAAGAUCAAGUACCAUGUAUUUAGCGAGACCAACAACGCCGAGCACGCCCGGCUCAAAAGACCCGUCGUGCGCCACUACUCAGUGUCUAGUGUGCUGGCCAUGGAGCCGCUCAUGGACAAGAGCAUUGCCGAGCUCUGCGACCACCUCGAGCGUCGCUUCGUCGACACUGGCGAGCCCUGCGUGUUUGGGGACUGGCUGUCUUACUACGCAUGGGACGUCGUGGGCUUCGUCACCUUCGGCAGGAAGUUCGGCUACAUGGACAAGGGCUGGGACUUUGACGGCACCUUAGCCAUCGGGGACCAGACGAUCGACUACUUCAGCAUGUGCGGACAGAUGCCAUGGAUGGAUUACUUGCUGGACAAGAACCCUGUCUACCACCUCGGGCCACCCAAUCUCUCCAACGUCACCCGCAUCGCGGUUGAGAGCCUCACGGCGCGGCUGAAGGGCGAAGACGGUUUCAACCCCGGGAAGCCAGACUUUCUGCAGUACUUUGUCAACUCCAAGGAGACACAUCCGGAAAUCGUCGACAAAGGCACUAUUAUUGGAUAUCUACUUCUCAACUUGCUAGCCGGGGCCGAUACGACCGCCACCACCAUGCGCGCGCUCUUCUACCACUGCCUCAAGAACCCCCGCAUCUGGGAGCGACUGGAGUCCGAGAUCGUCGCCAACAUCCCCGGCGACGAGCCGGCGCCGCACACGACUGCUCGCGCGCUUCCCUACCUCGAAGCCGUCUGCCGCGAAACAUUACGGUACCACCCGGCCGUCGCCAUGACGAUGGAGCGCGUCGUCCCCGAGGGCGGCCUCGCCCUCCCGGAUGGAUCGGUGGUCCCGGGUGGUUCCCUUGUCGGCAUGAACCCCUACAUCGUGGGGCGCAACAAGAGCGUCUACGGGGAGGACGCGGACGAAUUCCGCCCGGAGCGGUGGUUGCGGCAGGAUUCCGAAGAUGGCGAGGCUUACAAGUUUCGCAUGCGGCAGUGGAACGCGGCCGAUAUUGUCUUUGGCGGCGGCUCGCGCAUCUGUCUUGGGCGGAACCUGGGUAUGCUGGAACUCCACAAGAUCGUGCCGUCCCUGAUCUCGAGAUUUGAGAUCCAGCUGGUGGACCCUGAAGAGAAAUUGUGGACGAGCUCGCGAUGGUUCUAUCGGACAAAGGGCAUCACUUGCCGCUUGAGCCGAAGGACGCAUAAGGUCUGA